UUGAUAUAUAUAUAACCCUCUUCUCUUCCUCCCAUUUCAACAACCAAAAAAAAAGAAUUAAAAAAUUGUGAAACUAACCCUUUUUUGUGUAUGUGAAAAUGGGGAGAAAGUGUUCACAUUGUGGCUAUAUUGGUCAUAAUUCAAGAACUUGUAGCACUUUGAAAUGUGCUAUUAGUGAUAAUAAUAUUAUUGGUGGAUUAAGGCUUUUUGGAGUGCAACUUGAUAUUUCUAAUUCUUGUUUUUCUAGUCAUAAUAAUAAUUUGAAGAAAAGUUUUAGUUUGGAUUGUUUGUCUUUAACAAAUAGCCACUUAUUCUCAUCAUCUUCUUCUCCAUCUCUUAAUGAAAGUUGGGAAAAAAGUAGUACUACUUCUAUUGAUAAUAAUGGUUAUAUCUCUGAUGGUACUCUUGUAGGUUGUGUUGGUGAAAAGAAGAAAGGUGUUCCAUGGACAGAAGAGGAACAUAGAAGAUUCUUAAAUGGACUUGAAAAGUUAGGUAAAGGAGAUUGGAGAGGAAUUUCAAGAAAUUUUGUGACAACAAGGACUCCAACUCAAGUUGCAAGUCAUGCUCAAAAAUAUUUUCUAAGACAAUCAAGUCUCAACAAAAAGAAAAGACGUUCAAGUCUUUUUGAUAUGGCAAGGAGCAACAACAAAUAUGUAGAUUUUGGUCAUAAUUGCCAAGAAGAUGGUCAAGAAAUUACAAGAUCAUCUCCAUUAGAUCUAAAUUCAUUUGGAGAAAAGUGUGAAAAUUCUAUUUGGAGUUAUGGAUCACAAAAUUCUCAUCACAAUAAAGUUCCAAAUAAGUCCAUUUCUUCAAAUGGAACUCUUGAUUUGGAGCUAAGUCUUUCAUCUCCAAGAAAUAAUAUUGUGGAAAAAAAUAAUUCAUCAUCCUCCAAAACUACUUUCAUGAAUAUUGGACCAAUUAGAGUUACCUAACUUGUACUAAUUAAAGUCCUUGUUUAGUUAAAAGUGACUUUAUUAUUAGAGUUUUUAAGUGAUUAAUUAAUUAGCACCACUGUAUAUUGUUUCUUCUUUUCUUUUUUUCCAAGGUAAAAAAA